UAGGCGUCGUCGUGGUCCUCGUUUAUUUGUUCUGCUUUGUUUGUGUGUGUGUGUGUGUGUGUGUGUCCAGAACAAACGUGCAUAAAAUUAUUUAUGAAGUCGCUCGACCAUGCAGCUCGGAUUGCGCCGCUUCACGAUCAUCGCAACCCCCUGAAGCGUGGUGAGGGGACGAUCGUGAAAUGGCGAAGAAGAAGGUGGAGAAGGCAGUUGAUGGAGCCGCUAAGGCUACUAAGAAGCAGGGCAAAGAGGUUGAUCCAGUACGGGUAUUUGCAGAGAGGGUGAGAGACCACAAGGAGUUAGACACUCGAUGGGCUGUCCUGCAAGAAGCAAGAGUUGAGUAUUUCAGAGGGAAGGAUUUUAUCGCCUUGUUACGAGCCCAUCCUGAGCUUAUUAAACCUCUGGGGAUUGAAGCAGCAAUUGCAGAUGUGGAUUUGGAUGUUGGCAAUAUCCUAAUUAGGAGGAGAUUGAUAGUGCGAUGUGAUCGAGUAUCAAAGACGCCAAGGCCAGGCAAGACGAAACUUUCAAAGUGGCCAGCACGCAUAGAGAUCUACCCAGAACAAAUGUUUUCUGAAAAAGAUUCAUUCUACGCGUGGGCAUUUGAACGGAGGAGGCCAUUAUGGCAGACGGUGUUGUCCUUUUUCGUUCCCGUGGUGACGCUAGCGUGCUGCCUAUUCCCUAUCUUCCCUCACUGGUGCAAGCUGGGCGUUCUCUACUUUUUUCUUGCAUUCCUCACCCUUAUAUUUGGUGUUCUCACAUUAAGAGCGCUUAUUUUUGCGAUCUUCUGGCUGGCAUUGGGCAAGCGAAUGUGGUUUUUGCCUAACAUUUUAGCGGAAGAGGCUACGAUGUCUGAACUUUUUCAAUUUAUGCCCGAUUCCAAAGACGAUGAACCUUCUCCAAAGUGGAGCACUAGAAUUGCAUUUGGUGCCGUGGCGGGAUUGAUUAUUUGGCUUGUGCUCGUUCAUGGUCCAAAUGAGGCAGCUCGUGCAAGAUAUCAAAAGAAAGCAUCGAAUAUUAUUGAUGAUAUUCUGACAUGGAAGCCAAAAGCACUCUCUGCAUUCACAGAAUAUCCUUUCAGAACAUCAAACUUGUCUCUAGGCCUCAACCUAUCAGAGUGCUUUGGACUUGAGCCUUACGGGUACUUAGAAUGGGAGCAAGUAUUUUUACAAAACAGAGGCACUGCGUCAUCUCAUCACAGCAGUCUUCUUUUUACUGCCUCUGUUGCACCACAGGGGCAUUCUAUUCUCCGAAAAGUAUUCAAGAAACCAAGAACACAAUGGAACAGAGACUGAUGGAGAUCUGCAUUGACAGAACUUACACUAUUUUGGUUUGACUUGUGAAUUGACUGGCAAACCAUUAUGUCGCAAGCAAGUGGAUAAGUAUGACAGAAAGUCUGUAUCUCAUAAUGCUCUAAAAAUUUCUACUAUAUUGUCACAGAAGCUUUUAAUCUUCCAACAGCUAGUGUGAUUCAGGAAUUAUCAAAUUGAGAGACUGAUGUGAGUCAACAAGCACAUGUGAGCGCCUACAUUUUGAUGGAAGUGGGUUUUGGUCUAGAGUCUCAGUCUGUGGUUGAUGUGGGAUCUAGUAUACAAGACAGCUAGGAUAUAACACAUAUAGACAAAGAUUUUCUUUGGCCGUGAAGAUGGGAACAUAGAGAACAUGGAAAUAAAGGAACAUGGAAACUAA